AUGUACUGUAUGUUUGAAAAAGCAGUCAAACAAUUAUUUGUUUGUUUCAAACAUUAAAACAGUCAGUCAUAUACACAAUGUAUAGUAAACUAUAGCCUAAUAAUCGUUGUCCGAUUGAUUUGUCACCCGUCCGUCCGUCCGUCCUAUUGGCCACCACUUGCUUGUCAUAACCCACCGACCGAUAUCGCAACACUACUAGACCUAUCACACACACACACACACCCGCCCAUCUAUACUAACCACACAUAGGAUAGUUAUGUCGGUUGAGACCACCAACUAUCUCGGGUUCGGUAAUCUACCGAAUCAGGUCCACCGAAAAUAUGUGAAAAAAGGUUUCGAGUUUACGCUGAUGGUGGUCGGCGAUAGCGGUCUCGGCAAGUCUACGCUAAUCAAGUCGAUGUUUGCCUCGUCCUCGACUGCCGCCACUCCCGGCUCCGCCGCCGCCGCCCAUCCUAUUGGUGUUCAAAAAGCCCGCCGUAUACCGCCGGUCAGCGAUCAACUGGAGUCGACAUUGAAGAUCGAAACCAAUACACUGGAUAUUGAGGAACGGGGCGUCAAACUCAAGCUAACCGUGGUCGAUACGCCCGGUUUCGGCGAUUCACUGGACUCGUCCGACUGUUGCCGACCGAUCAUCGACUACAUCGACGAACAAUACGAAAAAUAUUUGAAUCACGAAUCGGGUCUAAAUCGCCGACACAUUAACGAUACCCGUAUUCAUUGUCUGUUUUAUUUUAUAUCGCCAAACAAUUACGGUCUGAAACCGCUGGACAUACAGACAAUGAAAUCGUUGCAUCAGAAAGUCAAUGUCAUACCGAUUGUGGCCAAAUCCGAUUUUCUGACCAAAGAUGAACUAUUGACGGCCAAAAAGCGUAUACUGGCCGACCUGAAAGCCCAGUCCAUACAAAUCUAUUCGAUACCCGAUUGCGAUCCCGACGAAGAUGAAGACUAUAAGGAACAGGUUCGGCAGCUGAAGUCGGCCAUACCGUUUGCGGUGUCGUCAUCGUUGGAGACCUACGAGGUCAAAGGUCGCAAAGUACGUGGCCGUUCAUAUCCGUGGGGUAUUGUCGAAACGGAAAACCCGGAACACUCGGACUUUGUUAAACUCAGGACAAUGUUGGUCACACAUAUGCAAGAUUUGAGGGAAGUUACCCAAGAUUUACAUUACGAAAACUAUCGAUCCCAGCGAUUGGUCAACAAAACAACUAGCGGAUCGUCCAAUUCGGACCUACGAAGCAAUUACGGGGACAGUAUUAGUAUAGCGUCGUCGGCCGAUGACCUGCAAAGAGAUCGACUACUUCAGGAAAAAGAGGCCGAAUUGCAUCGGAUGCAAGAAAUGAUUGAUAGGAUGCAAAAAGAGAUGCAAAUGAAUCAAAAACAACUGUCCUCUUCCUCCUCGGGAACGGCCGCCGCCACCCAUGUCGGUGACCAAAGACACCAACAACACCAGCAGCCGCACAACGGUAGUAACCAAAGUAACGGUAGUGGAUUGGCCACCGAUUAGAUAUGGAUGCGCACACACACACACACACAGACCCGACCACCACCACUACCACAUGAGUGGUCACUGUCCGCACAUCCCGUCCCCCGUCUCUAUAUAUAUAUAUAUAUCUCUCUCUAUGUUUUAAAUAGCUUUAUAUAAAUAAGUAUUAUUUUUUU